AUGGAGUGGUAUAUACGAAAUGAAGAUCGUCAUAGGCCGGAAAUCCGUGCAGCUUUCAACUUGGAUGACGAAGGAUCCUUGGGUGAAGGAUCCAAGGUUGACAAAGACGAUGAUGAAGACGAAAGCUCUGAUGACGGGGCAUGGGAAGCAGGUGCGGAGGAGAGAUUGAGGAAAAAUAACGAACAUAUCAGAGCAUUGAAUGCCAAGAUUGGAGUUUUGACUAGGGAGCUAUUUGAAAUUUAUCAAACUCCAAUCUUCUUCCCAUGUGCCACUGAUGAAGAGGUUGGGGGUGGAGUUGGAGGUGAGGAUAAUGCUGAAGUUGGGGGAGAACAAGAAGGUGAUGGACAUGGAGUUGGAGGUGAGGAGAAUGCUGAAGUUGGGGGAGAAGAAGAAGGUGAUGGAAAUGAAGUUGAUGACCCCCUAGGUGCACAUGCCGAAGUAAGAGGGGAUGAUGAAACUGUUCGUAACAUUAAUUUUAUUGAAAUAGAAGAUGAUGCUGAUGAAGGAGAACCGGAGGUCGUUCCAUUGGCUAUACCCCCAUUGCGGAGUUUUGUUGGUGAUCCAAGCACUGUUGAUGUAAACCAAUUGUAUACAGCAGUCAGCAUCAGAGAGAUGAAUGUACACAGGGUUGUAAGCGAGAUAAUUGGCCAAAGCUUGAGCACCACUUCAAUUUACACUUUGGCCCCAAUGAAAUACGUUGAUAACAUGGUGGUGUUCUUUGCUUGUACGGUCUUUAUGUACUUUGAGAAAAGGUUGUGCGGUGUUGUUAAGAGGUUUCAUUUUAGUCCGUUAUACUCGCACCAUAUUCUUACAGAUUAUAGGAAACGUCCACAGAAUCGCCAUGUAUUCACGCUUCAUAACUAUAACACUUAUUUGCGUUCCGAUCAUUUUGGACUUGAAGAAUUACCCACGGCGGACUUUUUGUUUCUGCCAUUUGUCCACGAUGAUCAUUGGUGGUGUUAUUCAGUGAAGUUGAGGUCAAUGGAGAUUUUUGUGAUCGAUUCAUUGGGGAAGGGGAUCAGAGACCGCAAAAGGAUAGACGCAGCCGUUGUAAGAUUCGACAUCUUUCAUUGUUGA